UGCUACCGCCAAGUCUACCGAUAUCAAAUGUUCCCAGUGCACUGCUAGUCGAAGAACGAACCGGCAUCCCUCGUCGGGACCCGUUCACUGGAACGACACUCCUUUUCGUGAGAUUGUACAAGUACGGUUUGUAUCGUAUGUCUUGAAUGGUCUAUCUAUAUACGCCCAAUCCUGUUCAAUGGCGUCUCUCUCUGGAGCUUUCACUCCUUUAGCUCGACAACUGAAGCACUUGGGUUGCGCACAAUGUCUCCGCGCGUUUGGUUCCAGCGCUAUCCUCGAAGCUGGCCACAACAAAUGGAGCAAGAUCCGUCAUGACAAGGCGGUCAAGGAUGCCAAGAAGACCGCCGCCCGGUCAACAUUCACCAAGAACAUCGCCUUCUGCUCAAAGCUCCUCGGCCCCGACCCCAACUUCAACCCCCAACUGGCAGCGGCUAUCACAGCCGCUAAGAAGGGGGGCGUCCCCAAGGACAAGAUCGAGGCAGCCAUCGCGCGGGGCCAGGGCCGGUCGUCUUCGGGCGCUGCUCUUGAGAGUCUGACGUUGGAGGCCGUUCUGCCACCGUCUAUUGCACUCAUUGUCGACGUGGAAACAGAGUCAAAGGGACGGGUGCUGCAGGACCUGAGCCUGAUGGUCAAGAAGGCCAAUGGAUCUCUGGGCUCCUCCAAGUUCUUCUUCUCCCGGGUUGGUCGCGUGGUGUUUGAGAAGGGGGAGAGUGGGCUGGAUGUGGAUCAAAUCAUGGAAGACGCGAUUGAAGCUGGUGCAGAGGACCUCGAGAACGACCAAGAGGGCAAUAUCGUCGUUUGGACAAAGCCAACCGGAACGGCGCAGGUGUGCCAGGCUAUUGGGCCCAAAUUCAACCUCAAGAUGCAUAGCUCCGAUAUCCUGUGGAUUGCCAACGAGGAUACAAAAUCCAAGCUCGACUCGUCGGAAGAGCUCAUCAAGUUCACUGGACUGCUCGAGAUGCUCCGCGAGUAUCCGGACGUCCAGGGUGUGUAUUCAAAUGUUUCGAGGGGCUCCAUGAGCGAUGAGGAAUGGGCGAGGAUACAAGAGAACCUGGAUAGAUAG